CAACACUACCAAUACCUCGUGGGCAAUACUAACAAAUUCGCCCAACACGAGAAGAAGUUGCGACUUGUUAGCGUCCAGUUCGAGAAGAUUAAAAAGAGACUUUCCAACUGUGCUCUCAGUGUCUCCGCCCACAGGGAAGUCAUUAAUAUGCUGCGAACUCUUGAAAGCGAGAAUCAGUGGAUGACGCAGAAACAAAUUCAGUUAAGUUGUGACAUGACCAUGGCUUCCUUGUUGGAGGUUCGAAAAUUGCUCAUCAGACAUCAGAAUCUCACCAAUGAGGUGGGACAUCGAAAAGCCAGAAAUCUGCCACUUAUAAAGCCAACCGAUGAGAAAACCUCCUGUGCGGUGGUCUUAGCAACGCAUCAGCAUCUCAAAAAGGAUCUCUUUGUCAAGAUUAGCAAAUUGGUGUUUCAACAGGCCGUGGUGGAUCGUGAAAUUGGUGUGCGUUGUGCCCUCCUCCAUCACUGGCAAGCUUACUUUGUUCAACAAAUGGAUCUGUUGGAACUCUACAAUUGGCUAACUGAGACAGAGUCCACGGUUAUGAUUGAGUGUCAUGCAGCUCGAGGACUUGCUUCAGCCCACGCCGCCAUCAAGCAGCACUUGGCAGUUGAAUUUGUAGUCUCCGAAUUUCAGGCGCCAAGACUACGACAAUUGAUAAUAACUUUUGAAUGCCUUCAAACCUCACUCUUUAUGAUUGCAGGAAUGACAGGCUACGAAUGUUUUUAUGAUAAUGUGGAGGUUAAGCGGUUUGGGAGCCCCUUUGAAACCAUUCAAAUGCGGUGUUGCCUUCCAGAACAAGAGACUAGCUUGGUAGUCAAUGUAUGA